AGUGGGUGGACGACUGACUCCAGGGAGCUCCAGCUUGGUCGGCCCGGGGGACCCGGAGCCCCGGGGAAAGAGGGUGGUUUAUUUCUCGCCCUAUCGGGGCUCCUCUCGUGCCCGUGUCGCGCGCGGGAGGAGGGGGAGAGGGUGCGCGAGGCCUGCGGGGGUAGGGCGCGGCGCGGCGCGGCGGGCGGCCAGCCCGUGGACCGGCACCAUGGGCUGCUUCUUCUCCAAGAAGCGGAAGACCAAGAAGGAGCAACAGCAGUCCCCGCCGGCGUCUGGGGAAGCCGGGGAGCAGCCGCCGCAGAAGCAGUACAGCUGGGACAAGCGGGAAAAGGUUGAUCCAAAAGACUAUAUGUUUAAUGGCUUGAAGGACGAAACAGUAGGUCGCUUACCUGGGAAAGUUGCAGGACAGCAGUUUCUCAUUCAAGACUGUGAGAACUGCAACAUCUACAUCUUUGAUCAUUCUGCUACAGUAACUAUUGAUGACUCUACAAACUGCAGAAUCUUUCUGGGACCUGUAAAAGGCAGUGUAUUUUUCCGUAAUUGCAGAGAUUGCAAAUGCAUAGUAGCCUGCCAGCAGUUUCGUACUCGGGAUUGUAGAAAGCUCGAAGUCUUCUUAUGUUGUGCUACACAACCAAUUAUCGAGUCCUCAUCAAAUAUCAAGUUUGGCUGUUUUCAGUUUUAUUAUCCUGAGCUGGCUUUUCAGUUUAAAGAUGCAGGACUAAGCAUCUUCAAUAACACGUGGAGUAAUGUCCACGACUUUACACCUGUGUCAGGAGAAAACAAUUGGAGCCUCCUACCAGAGGAUGCAGUGGUUCAGGAUUGUGUUCCUCUACCUACUACUGAAGAGUUCAAAGCGGUACGAAUUUCUACAGAAGCUUGUAGGAGCAUUAUUCCGAUAACCCGAGGUCAGAGGCAGAAGAUGAGUGAUGAAUCCUGCUUGGCUGUGUUAUUUGCUGGUGAUUAUACUACUGCAAAUGCCAGGAAACUAAUUGAUAUGAUGCUUAGCAAAGGCUUUUUGCUGGUUCAGACAAAGGAAGUAUCAAUGAAACCUGAGGAUGCUCAAAGAGUUUUCCGAGGAAAAGCACCUGAUUUCAUUCCUUUACUGGAAAAAGGUCCUGUGAUUGCUUUGGAGUUUAAUGGAGAUGGUGCAGUAGAAGGAUGCCAACUCAUCAUAAAUGAUGUAUUCAAUGGAACCAAGAUGUUUGUAUCAGAAAAUAAAGUAACAGCUUCUGGAGAUGUCGACAGCUUCUACAACUUUGCUGAUCUGCAGAUAGGAAUGUGAAGUACAACAUAGAACCAUUACUUUGACAUGAAGCCCAAAUUUUCAACUUGUUUAUGUAGGUUUUGAUAGUAUAAUUUUCUGCACUAGGAGUAUUUUUUAAACUAAUGCUAAAAUAUUAAAAGAUUAUUGUUGAAGGAAUCUGUUUAGUAUGACAUUUACUUGAUGCAUAACAGAUAGUUCAUCCUUAAAAUUUACAUUUAAUGGAUUUAAAGCAUUUAAAUCCUUCUCCCACUCUCUGUUCUCCCCUAGAACUGGAAGUUUCACAUUUCUGAAAUUAAUUUAAAUGAACUGUCAAUGAAACAGCUACAAGAAGUUUUAGAAAGUGAAUAAAAUGUAGCACUAGGUGUAUAGGAUUUAAAACUUGGAGGGGGAGGGGCAGCUAGGUGGCACAGUGGAUAAAGCACUGGCCCUGGAUUCAGGAGUACCUGAGUUCAAAUCCGGCCUCAGACACUUGACACUUACUAGCUGUGUGACCCUGGGCAAGUCACUUAACCCCCAUUGCCCCAGAAAAAAAAAAGGGAAAAAAAACCAAAACAAAACUUGGAAGGGGUCUUAGAGAUCCUUUACUGUAGUCCAUGUUGUGGAUGAGAACAAUAAGAGCCUUUGUUGGUCAGGUGAGUUGCUAAAGGUCAUACCUGAUACUAAGGGACAAAACUAGGAUUUGAAACCAGAUUUUCCCUCUCUAAAUCCAUUGAUUUUUUCCAAACUUAACCAAAACAUGUUAACAAGAUUGCCGUUUUAACAUUAACAUCUACAAAGAACAUAUUUGGGAUUUUGUAUAUUACUUAUUUUUAUAUAGUGCUAUCAGAAAAGAAAACCUAACUAACAAUUCAUUAAACUUCUUAACUAAAAUAUUUAAAUUCCUGAUAAUUUAGGCUAUCACAUUUGUUCCUUAUUUGUUGGGAUACCUCCUCUUUUUAGGAAGAUUUGUUUCCAUGACUAUUUGUUCAAAUCGAUAAAGGAAUUUCAAAUAUCGUUGACAAGGUUUUAAAAGAAAUGAUGGCUUUGUAAUUACAAGAUAAAACUCAAAUGGGGGGCAGCUAGGUGGCGCAGUGGAUAAAGCACUGGCCCUGGAUUCAGGAGCACCUGAGUUCAAAUCCGGCCUCAGACACUUGACACUUACUAGCUGUGUGACCCUGGGCAAGUCACUUAAUCCCAGUUGCCUCACCAAAACAAAACAAAACAAAACAAAACCUCAAGUAGGUUAGGGCUAGUAGUUCUAUUAAUAUAUAAACUAAAGUUCUCAAACAAACUGAUAGACAUUGGAUAAGUUGUUUUGCCAACUAGGUACACUAAUCUAUGAAAAGUGCAGCUUUGGAACUAAAAGUUUUACAACUCCUUUCAGGGGAGUGAUGUAUCAAUCAAUAGAAAUGUAACUGUGACAUGAAAAGUGAGUAUGCUGUCCAGAAAUAAGACUUCUCCUCUGAUAACAGUAUAGCAUCAAUAUAUUCAUAACCAAAAAGCCAAAUAAAUUUGGUUUCCAAAAAAUAUUCUACAUGUAAAAAACAAAAUUAAAGUAACUUUUCAAACUAUGUAGACUGUGUAAUUGUUUGGGAGUGGGGUUGAGAGGAGUACAUCAUAAUCUAAAAUCAUUCAAAAUUCAUAAAUGUCUUAACAGGUUUAGGAAGGAUUGAAAUUAAUCUUUCCAUUGUGCAAAAGAUACUAUACAAGAAGGUGCUCCUUUUCAUAAGUUUAAAAAAAGGGGAGGUAUAUUGGGAACCUUAAUGCCGCGUUGAUAUGCCUAAACACAAGAAAAUAACUUUUUUUUUUAAUAAAAAUAACUAUUUUCAAAAAUUCUUUUUCAGGUGAUUAUAAAAUGUGAAAAAUUUGAAUCAUGACAUAUAUUCUCUUACUUUUAAUAAUGAUUUGAAAUGUCAUUCAUAACUGCUUCCAUAAAUUAUAUGCUUAUAGUCAGAGUUAAUGCAGUGUAAUGACCAUACACUUAAGUACUUAGUAAACCUCUAUUAUAUACCUGAUAUUGUGCUGAUUUUUUCCAUUUCAUUUCUUCAGCUUUGAUGAGACCAGAAAAUUCUGUAAGAUUAAGGGAAAAUGGUAUGUUAAAGUAGAAGUAAAAAUCAGAUGUUUAUUAAUGUUUUGGCUAUAACUAAAGGAAUACUCGGUAAUCCAGUUGGUAUUAAGAGGACUCUUGCUUAGGUUAGUUGAAUGAAAAAAAAGACAGAUUUGGAAAUAAAGAAAGAACUAUUUGAAGUUCUAAUCAUGAUUAAAUUAUAAUCUAUUGUUAUACGUAUGCCUUUCAAGACCAGAAUUCUUAAUCUUUUAAAAAUAAAAAUAAAUAUUGUACAAAAACUGUCAUUUGGGUUUUAUCUUUUCUGAGAUAUUCAAGUAUAAGUUUAGAAAUAUGCUGUAUAAUUGAGGUGUUAAUUUUGAAUUUUUAUCACAUGCCUUUAGCAUUUUUAUUAGCCAGAGUCUAAAACUAUAUAUACCUCACUUAUUUAAUUUAAGUUGAUACUAUUUAUGUUCUUUUGAACAUAAAGACUUGCUUUUAUGAAAAAGUACUUUGAUUUCCUAUUAUUUGAAGGGAUUUAAAAAAAUAAAUGAAGUUGCAUGCUAGCAUAGUUUCCAUUAAUAUUAACUUUGAUAAUGUCUGACUAUAUAGCAUUUCUCUACAGAAUGGCUUUCCAAUUCAUGGACACUUAUUGUAAUAAUUGUUAAUUCAUUUUCCUAAUAUGUUAUAUUUAAACUCCCUACUAGCUUAUGUCUUGUAUAAUAUUACCUGCUUUAUACAGUUUUUAUAUAUUUAAUGUCUAGCUUUUGUAUAUGUUUCAUCUAGCAUUUGUAAAAUGGAAUUCAUAAUAAACAUUGUUAAAAAUAAAAUGUUUUAGUACUCACUUUAUAGAUUACUUACAUGUUUCAGAUACACACCAAAAUUGUGUGUCAUGAUAUAAAUCUGUUU